CACACAAAACUUAAAUAAAUAAAAACCGAAAGAAAAACACAAAGACACAAAGCUCCCAAGAACAGAACUUCUGACUCCAAAAAAAGCUCCCAAGAACACAACACAGUUACACAGAGAAAGGAAAACCCCCAGCUCUUAAGAUGUCUAGAGGUCGAUCUGAUGAAGACACUGUGAAGCUCAAGGUUCAGUACAACAAGGAUGGAGUUCAAACUUUUUUCCGGGUUAAACGAAGCAUCAAACUGCAAAAACUCAUGGAAGCAUUCUGCAAAAAGCGUUCCCUUGACCCCAAAUCAAUGCAAUUCACGUUUGAUGGCGUCGGACUCGAGAAGAACAAAACUCCGGAGGAGCUUGGAAUGGAAGAUGGUGAUGAGAUCGAUGCCCUUGAGCUCGUUGAUGGAGCUUGAAAAGUUAAAGCCAUCAUGAUAUAUAUGCAGGAAGGAGUUCGUGAAAAUUUGGAUAUGAGCUAGAUUGAUAGAUAGUAAAACUUUGGAUUCUAUUUUCUACUGUUGAACUUAAUUUGAUUGAAUGUGGGCCGUUAGAUAUUGAGAUGGCUGUUAGUUAUUUGGAAAAAAAACACAGUUUGAACGUGAACCAUUGGAUAACAGCAGUAAAAAAAUCUUGCCAGUCCAGCCCAUUAGCCUUGGUGGCACUGGCCA